GACAGCCGGGCUGAACCAUCCCCCGAUCCUGUGGGGGAAGAAGUGGGUGUGUCCCGAAGCAGUAGAUGGACUUGUUGCUGUAUCUCCCGCCCUCGAUUUACCGCUUCCCCCCCUUUUCUCGGCGCUGUCGUUGGUUUCGCUCCGCGCGGACCAUAGCGACGGAGGGCGCGCCGGAGGAAGAUGGCGGUGCUGGCUCCACCGUUGGUGCCGGCUUUGUGAGCGCGGCGCUCGCUCUUCUCCCUGUCCCGUUCUCGCUCCUGCACCCGGCUCCUCCCGGCUGCUCUCAGCCUCUUCUUUCCCGCCGGGGCCGUAGAGAUCAUGUCGGACUCGGAGGAGGAGGAGAGUCCGGACCGCCAGCUCAAGCUGGUGGUGCUAGGGGACGGCACCACCGGCAAGACAUCCUUAGCUACCCGUUUUGCUCAAGAAACGUUUGGAAAACAGUACAAACAAACCUUAGGACUGGACUUCUUCUUGAAAAGGAUAUUAUUGCCAGGAAAUCUGAAUGUUACUCUUCAAGUGUGGGAUGUAGGGGGACAAACAAUAGGAGGCAAAAUGCUGGAUAAAUAUAUUUAUGGAGCUCAGGGCAUUCUCUUGGUUUAUGAUAUUACCAAUGGCCAGAGUUUUGAAAAUUUGGAAGACUGGUAUAAUGUGGUAAAAAAAGUGAAUGAAGGAUCAGAAACACAGCCACUUGUGGCCUUGGUUGGAAAUAAAAUUGACUUGGAGCAUAUUCGCACAGUGAAAGCUGACAAGCACCAGCGAUUCUGUCAGGAAAACAACUUCAGUAGCCAUUUUGUGUCAGCCAAGACAGGAGAUUCUGUCUUCCUGUGUUUUCAAAGAAUUGCUGCUGACAUACUCGGCAUCAAAUUAAACAAAGCAGAAUUGGAACAAUCACAGAGAGUGGUGAAGGCAGAUAUUGUCAACUACAGUCAGGAGCCUGUGACAAGAGCCGCCAAUCCUUCCAGGAGCUCAAUGUGUGCAGUUCAGUGACCACCCUGUUCUUCUCUGGCUCGAUACCUUUGCAGUGCUCCUGCCUUGAUGCAGGCUCUGGGAUACCAGGAACUUGUUUUAACAGGGACCAGCACAACAAUGCCAUUAGAGGUUUCAGAAACAUCUUCACCAUUGUCCAUUAGGAAGCAGCAGGCAGUUUUUUGACUGGCUCAAAUUCAAACAUGAGACAACACACUUGAAAAAUUUCAGUCUAUAUUCUUUAAAUUAUAUUUAAAUGAAACUGUAUAACUGUGUUUAUGUUUCCUUCUCUCUAUUUGACUGAUACCAGAAUAAAAAUAGAUGAGGAAGCCCUGCACUCAAAAUGCUUUUAAAGACAUCACCGUGGAAUGGUAUUUUGCCAAAGCAUUUUUAAUUUUUUUUUCUCCAGUUAUUUGAACUAACACUCAACAAAAUGUUACUUGGAAAAACUGUUGUUGGAAUAACUUUAAACACAUAAUAUAUAUUUUAUCUAGGGAUAAUUUUGAAAGUGUUCAAUUAAUAUAUAUACACUUAGCACAAAAUGUGUAAGUUGUAUCCAGUGAGAAACAGUGCUUGAAAUAAAGCUGUUAUUAUAAAAAUA